AUGGACAUCGAUCCGCGUCUACAUAUCGGUCGUGACAAGAAUGGUGCGGAAGGAGCGCAGACCGGCCACACAUACGUUCCAGCUACUGCAUCAAGACAAGGAGAGGGCACUCCUACUACCGCACCUUCGACGCAUCCUCCCGGCGACUACCCCGACCCGCCGUCGUCCCACUUCUCCCCGAGCGAGCAGGUACACUCCGCGUCCUCCGCCUCAGGUAGCUACAACCACUACGCUGCAUCGAAUACGCAGUCGACCUCGCCUCAUGGGUAUUAUCCCAGCGAGCCGGUGCGUGGAAACGCAUCGACCGACCCUAACGAUCCAUACGGGGAUCUGAAGCGGCCGCGCGCUUGCGAGGCAUGCAGACAGCUCAAAGUUCGAUGCGAGCCUGACCCGAGCAAUCCGAACGGAUCGUGCAAACGGUGUGCCAAAGCUGGGAGGUCGUGUGUCGUGACCGCGCCGACUCGCAAGCGUCAGAAAAAGACAGAUAGUCGGGUUGCGGAGCUGGAGAGGAAAAUCGAUGCGUUGACGGCGAGUCUGCAGGCGUCGCAGGGUCAGGACUUACUCCCGCCAACGAAGCCUGCGGUCGAACCUCGGGAGGAACAUCAGGGGAGACGAUGGCUUGGAGGCGGACAGCCUGCGCCGAGUGGGACGACAUAUUUGAGUCCUCCCGUAGAUCUGGCGGGCAGCAAACGGCAUUCCAGUGGGGAGGUCAAGGAACCGAGGGAACCCGCGUCUACAGCAGUGUACCCUCGCGGGCAUAGCCCCCUCAAGGAGCAAACGAGGGAGAACGCGCCCUCGAGACAAUGGCGUGGUCCGUGGUCGUGCUCAGAGUCUGCUUCCAAAGCGGACACGGGGACUUCCGAGUCUGUCGAUAUAAUCGACCGAGGACUCGUCAGCCUCGCGGUAGCUUCGGAGGCUUUCAAUAGAUUCGUGACUCAUAUGGCGCCUCAGAUGCCAUUUGUGGUAUUCCCUGCGGGCACGACGAUGAGCGAUGUUCGAAAAUCCAAACCGGCGCUCCUUCACGCUAUCAUCGCGGUCUCUAUCGGCGCCGUAGAGCCCGAUGCUCAGCUCGCGUUGCUGGAAGACUUCUACAAGACUGUCGCAGAGCGAAUCGUGGUUAAGGGUGAAAAGUCUUUUGACCUGGUGCAGGCUUUGGUAGUCUCCUGCAAUUGGUACACUCCACCUGACCAUUUUGAGAAGCUGAAAUUCUACCAAUUGACUCACAUGGCCGUCACUCUGGCGAUGGACCUUGGGAUGAACAGGAAGUUGUUGGUUCGAAACAAGCCUUUACCGAUGUUCAAGGAUAUGGUUAUGAAGAAGCCGCCUUCAAUGAAUCUUGAUUCACCGGAGACGCGACGGACAUGGCUUGGUUGUUAUUUCAUGGCUGUCCAAGUUGCUGUUUCUUUAAGGCGUGUCCUGCUCGUCCGAUGGCAGCCAUAUAUGGACGAAUGCGUGUCGAUUCUGGAAAAUUCUCCAGAUGCAUUGCCUUCAGAUAAAGCAGUGAUACAGUGGGCGAAACUUGCGCACAUGACUGAGGAUAUCAAUUUCCAGUUGUCGUCCGAUGAUACCGUCUAUGUGCCCUUCACAGAUCCGAAGGUUCAAUACACGGUGAAGGUGUUUGAAAAGCAACUGGAACAGUGGAAGAGGGAGACUCCACCGGAAAUCUAUACUCCUGUUAUGAAACAGUCAGAGCACAUUGUGAAUCUUUACAUAUACGAAAACUCCAUGUUGAUGGAUACCAGUGACGACCGGAAGAAAAUAGGAGAAGAAUAUACCAACGCCGCUUAUAUGCAUGCACUAAGCGUCUGUUUGACGUCCAUUCAUCAAGUGCUAGACACCACUUGUUCCGUCGAUAUCAAGGACUUGAUCUCCCUGCCGACCGUCUGCCUGGCAAGAGUAUCAUUUGCUGCAGUCUCCCUCAUCAAGCUAUAUUCUGUCGUUUCAUUCCCCGGGAGCCAAAUAGGACAGGUCAUUGAUCCAUCCAGUCUCAAGAUUGAAUACUACCUCAACAAAGUGAUUGACCACUACACCGCAGCAGGGGAGCUUCCUGGGGGCCGAACACCAGGCAAAUUUUCUGUGGUCCUCGCCAUGCUUCGGAGUUGGUUCGUCAAGCGUAAAGACCACAAUCGCGCACUGAGAGAAGCAUUCGGGGGAGGACCAGUUUCUUGUACCACAGUGGAUCUCUCAGAGUCCCACGAAGGAGACAAGGCCCAAUCGGGUCAGACCCCGCUUCACCUCCUCAGCGAAGUCGCCAACAGCCGCUCCGCUACAGCCCAUCCUUCCUCCCACCGACCAAGUUACGCCUCCCAGUCCUCCGCCGAACCCACCACCCAGACACCAUCCUCCGAUUUGACCGCGCAAACCGCCCCGUCUAGCACCGCUACCGAUUCAGACCCUUGGACCCAAUACCCGUCCGUGCCCCUUUCAUCCGCAACAACCCAGACUCAACAGCAAGCCCAAUCUCGCCAGUUCUACUCGCCUUUCAACUCGAACUACCAGGAUAUGUCAUCUUACAAUGACGGCGGCAAUAUGAUGAUGUCCUCGAUGAACCAAGGAUUCUUUGUGCCCGAGUUAGGAAUGCAUGUUGGGUUCGACUCGGGGAAUAUAUUCGCGCUGGAGCACCUGUUCAACGAUGGGCUGUUGAACCUUCCAUUACCGGCCGACGUGGGAAUGGGGUAUUACUGA